GAAUCAUACAAGAAAUUCAAAUCAGUCAGGUUUUAGAUUAUAUGAUGUCACAUUUGGUGAUAUCAUCUGAUGACAGACGUCGCAUUGAGCAGCAUGCUGGACUAGAUGAUCAGAAUAAAGCAUUACUUGGAGUAGUGAAUAAAAGGGGAGAACCUACGUACAGUGUGUUUGUUGAUGCACUCCGAACAAAUGGAUACACAGAUCUAGCGACUGAGUUGGAAUGUGAUUCACAGGAAGAAAGCUCAAGUUCAGCACUAGUAUAUACUGGAGACAAGGACACUAAAGGGUUGUCAAAUUGGACUAUUCCGGUGUUUAAAAUUCGUCUACAAAAGAACUACUCAAAUAUAAUUAACAGCAUACUGCAUGGGAAAAUAGUCGAUCAUCUGAUAUCACGUGAUGUGCUUUCCACAGCUGAUAGUGAAAGGAUAGAUGCUUGUCCAGCCAAAAUAGAAAAGAUCAGGAAAUUAAUGGACAUACUUUUGCAUGGAAGUGAAAAUGGAUUUAUUGAAUUCCUUAACGCUCUUCGAGAAGACUCUGAGUAUACAGAACUGGCAGAUGAAAUAGAAAACACAACAGUUUCAAGCAGAGAUAUAUCAACAAUGCAAAGCUGCUUUAAAUGAACAGGAAGAGAAUAUAAUUCCUCAGAUAAUUAUCAAACUUGUUUCCAAUACAAACAGUCGAUUCGAUUGUAAGAUUCCAACUAACAGGAGACAGUAAUUGUUAGACAAUCAACAUAAACUAAUCAAAUCAAUCUUAACUGAUUUGAUGAGGAUCUAUACAUGUUCUACCAACUUUUUAUUUCAUGUGACCACAACAUCAAAACUUGUAGUUUUAGUUUAAAAUUGACAAAGAUAUGAUUCAAAAUAUUUAGGCAUAAUAGCUGUAUUAUAAAGGUGCCAUAAUUACUAUGAAGUUUUUGUCAGGAUUUGAAUAAUAGGGUUUUUCUUGUAUAUUUUGUAUAUAUUUAGAUUUUCAUAAUCUGUACAUAUUCAUAAUCUGUAUAUUUUCAUAAUCUGUAUAUUUGCAUCAUCUGUAUAUUUGCAUUAUCUGUAUAUUAUUAUUAUCUGUAUAUUUUCAUUAUCUGAAUAUUGUCAUCAUAGUUAUAUUUUAAAUGAUUUUGAA